AUGGCCGGAUCUGCUGUGGGAGCGAAGCGCCUCAAAAAGACGGAUGUUCGCGCAUGUUAUGGUGUUACAACACAGAGGUUCUCCGAAUGCCAAGCGUUGACCUCGACCUUUGAAAAUUUGAACUUGCGAGAACUUGCAAGGUUACCUGUGUGGGCGCCCGGUGUGCACUGUGUGGGUGUCAUCAAAAGUGGCGGCCCGAAUCUUCCCACGGUGCAUCGAGCUAUGGACACGGGCGACUUGGAAACAUAUCAGGUCCAGCUCUCACAGGUCGAGCUUGCCCUCGCCUCGGACCCUGCCAAUCCCGAGCUGUCAUCUCUGCGCUCUGAGCUCAAAGAGCUCAUUGAACUCACACAAGCAGCACUCGCCCAGCAAGAAGCAGCCGCAUCUUCCUCAAAGGCCGAGUCAUCACGGAAACACGCCGCGGCCGUGACCGCGACCCGUACGUGGUCUGCGGGCGACGAAUGUCUGGCGAAAUACUCUGGCGACGGCCAGUUUUACCCCGCGCGAAUCACGUCCGUGGGGGGUUCGGCGGACAACCGCGCAUACAGCGUCAUGUUCAAGGGGUACAACAGCACGGAGCUGGUCAAUGCCUCGCAGCUGAAGGCGCUGCCCGCAAACCACCAGUCCGCGGGGCCAUCCGCGGCGGGCAAGCGCAAGCUGAGCAAGGUGGAGGAGGAGGAGCGGGAGCGGAAGAAAAAGAAGAACGAGAAGAAGCUCGAGGUCAAGGCGGCCAAGGCGAAGGAACAGACGGAAAAACAGGCGAGCUGGCAAAAGUUCGCGAAGAAGUCGGAGAAGAAGGGCAUACACAUCGCAGGCGUGUCGGGCACGAGCAUCUUCAAGACGCCAGACAAUCCGCUAGGGAAAGUUGGCGUCACCGGCAGCGGGAAGGGGAUGACGGAGGUGAUUGCACGGCACAAACAUAAGUUUGAGGCCAAGGACGACCCGAACGCGUGA